AUGGAAGGCCACAAGUCCCUCGUCUCCCGCACGCGCGACACACUCAUUACCUUCUUCGCCCUCUAUCUCACCACGUUGUUCUCGCUCGACACGUGGGCCGCAGCACGAGGCUCUCCCUACCGGGCACCAGGCACCAACUCGUAUUACCGUCCAGCGACUACCACACCAGGACCGGACAGCUACCAGGCUGGCAUGCAUGGGCGCGGCAACGCGGGCCCGGGCAGUGGCGGCGGAGGUGGAGGUGAAAGUGGAGGGGGACGAAGUGUUGGCAGGGUAGACUCAAGGCCUCCGAUCAAGAUGGGAGGUACAGCCGGCUGUGGUGCUUGCUUGAUCUAG